UGGCGCGAAGCCAUGGAAUUUAUAGGACUAGCUCGGUCUGUAGAUCGUUGUUCAAAACGUGGCCGUAAUUAAUUAUUUAUUCAGCUAAUUUUCUGUUUUGACAACUGGUCGAUGCCUUAACCUAAGUCCUAAAUUUCAGGGAAAAUGAUUUUGAACCACACAAAUAGUAAAUAAUACGUUUUUACACGUAAGAUCUGCGGCUUUUUGAUCAUUAUAGGGUAUCUAUAAAAAUAAUAAUUAUUAUAUUAAUACUUAUUAAUUCUUGAUAAACUUAGAUUACAUUUAAAAUGCCGAGGCCUUCUUCAUUAACUGAACAUUUCAUUAUCGGCACAAUAUUGUCUUGUAUUUUCUUAAUAUUUAAUUACUCCCUUCAUAGGAUUGAGGAAGGACACGUAGGGGUUUAUUUUAGAGGUGGUGCACUCCUACCUUCAGUUAGCUUUCCUGGAUAUCAUAUGAUGAUACCUCUAUUAACGAGCUUCAAAUCUAUGCAGAUAACAUUGCAGACGGAUGAAGUUAAGAAUGUACCUUGUGGUACCAGUGGAGGUGUAAUGAUCUAUUUUGAUAGAAUAGAAGUAGUAAAUCAUUUAAAUCAGAACAGUGUUCUUGAUAUCGUUAGAAACUACACAGCCGAUUAUGACAAAACUCUUAUUUUCAACAAAGUUCACCACGAACUGAAUCAAUUUUGCAGCAUACACACCUUACACGAGGUUUACAUUGAUCUGUUCGAUCAAAUAGACGAAAAUUUGAAGCAGGCUCUUCAAAGAGACUUACUGGAAAUGGCGCCUGGGUUAACGAUACAAGCAGUCAGAGUAACAAAGCCGAAAAUCCCUGAAGUGAUACGAAAAAAUUACGAAUUAAUGGAAGGAGAAAAAACUAAAUUGCUGAUAGCCACGCAGCAUCAAAAGGUAGUAGAAAAAGACGCAGAAACGGAACGGAAGAAAGCGAUAAUAGAAGCCGAGAAAGAAGCCCAAGUUGCCAAGAUUCAAUUCGAGCAGAAGAUCAUGGAAAAAGAAUCGCUGCAGCGCAUAUCCCAAAUCGAAGACGAAAUGCAUCUUGCUAGACAAAAAAGCCACGCAGACGCAGAGUUUUACAAGCACAAGCAACAGGCGGAAGUGAAUAAGAUGCUGCAUACCAGGGAGUACAUAGAACUGAAGAAAUACGAGGCGUUGUCGCAUAACACAAAGGUCUACUUCGGAAAUGAAAUACCUCAAGCCUUUCUUGGUUCGGAAAUAACCACGUUUGCUGAUACGAAGACUUCUGUGGGAGAGAGUAAAACUUCAGCGGAAAGUUAAGAUUUUAGGAACUGAGCACGUUAGUCUAGUCAAAGAAGUUAUUGUUAUACACGUUAGGACAAAAAUAUUGCAUAUGAAUGACCUAUAAGUGAAAAUGACCCAAAAAGUAUAAAAAAAUUUGAUAUUUUUUAUUUUAUAUUGUUUUUGCUAUCAAGAUAUUUCAGAAAACCUUAAUCUUAAGCUUAUUACAAAGUCAUUUGUAUUUGAAUGGUGUGGUUAAGUUUCCGGUGCAGGUAGAAAGCAAUCCAUUGUUAAUCUAUUGUACUGGGUGUCCCAAUAAGAAUAGCUCUCGGCCAUAUCUCAGGAACCGUUUAUAGUACAGCUUUGAGAAAAAAAUAUUUAUAACAAAAGUUGCCUCGGGAAAAGCCUGGAAAUUAUUUUCAUAAUUGUGGAUCCACCGCUAGAGGGCGUAAUUGAAUAUCAAAAAUUAAAAAAAUCUAAAUUUUACAAAAUUUACCUAAUGAAAGGGCACUGGAAAUCUGAUCAUCGUAUUAUUCAUAAAAUUCUGCGCAUAUUUGAUUUCACAAGUUUAAGUCUACCUUUGCAAAUAAGAGAUGGGGGUGAGUGAGAACCUUCUUAUGAAAAAAUGGCUGUAAGUCCGGUUCUGCUAAAUCGAAUUUUGCAUACUUGGUCUUGUUGAAAACAGCUCUUUUUCGUCAAUGUAAGUGUCUUAUUUUCGAAAUAGCCUAUUAAGUAAUAUGCAAGCUAGGAGGCGGUAUUUAAUUAUUUUCAGAAAUCUAGUUUUCUUUGGAAAAUAUUAAAUACAAA